AUGGAGAAAGAAAUAAAACCCGAAGAACUAAUUCCAUUAGUUCACGAAAGAGCAGUCCUUUGGGAUAAAACUUUAAAUGACUACAAAAAUAAUAAUCUGAAACUAUUGGCCUGGCGCGAAAUUUGUACCAUACUAAUACCUAAUUUUGAAAACAUGGAAGAAAAAGAAAGACAACAUUUCGAAGAAUUGGAAACCGAAAUGACAUAUACAUCGAUCCAAGAUAACAAAGUUAUACCAAAAGGCAUCACUGCAGCGAAUGAACACAGCACCCACGUAGCGUUCGUAGCGUUCGACAAUUUCGACCGCUUCGUUGACACAACUUCUGGAAAGGACACAAUGCACGACACAGUUGGAAUUAUUUAUCAAUUCUCUAGUGAUGGAACUGAUAAUUUUGAUGAUGGUGAAGCUACAACUUCAUCAGCGUCUCAAGUAAAUGACAACGAAAAUGGAGAAGGACCUACCCGCAAGAGAAGGCGUUUCAAUGAAAUAUCACGAGAAAUUCGGCCAUAUUAUUCUAAACCUAAGGCAAGUAUGCAGCUGAUUACUGUAGAUUCGUUUACCAAUACAACGGAGUUAUGCAAAGGUGCUACGGAAAUAGCAUCAGAUAAAGAUUUAUUAUAUGUCGUUGUCAAGAAUUGA